GUGACGUCACACCCAUACCUGAGUUUCGGUGAGGGAAGGGGAAGGACCGAGCCGAGUGGAAAACACCAGCUCUUCGCCGUGGUCCCGGACGGGUUUGUCUCCUGCUGCUGUCAGCCAGCUCGGCCGCAGCGACCAUCGGUGAUCUCCGUCUGGAGGGAACCCGUCGGAGUUCCAGGAUCUGCAGAGGAAACACGCGGUUUUGAUCCCAGCUGCUGUUGAACAGACCGAGAGGGAAGGACCUCUCCAACUUCCUGGUUCGCCACAGGAUGUCAGUCACCCCUCGACGCGUCCGCCUGAAGCCCUGGCUGGUCGCCCAGGUGGACAGCGGGCGAUACCCGGGUCUGGUGUGGAUUGACCGUGAGGCCAUGCGCUUCAGGAUUCCAUGGAAACACGCCACACGGCACACACCCCAGCACGAGGAUGAAGACACAAUCUUUAAGGCAUGGGCUGUGGAGACCGGGAAGUUCCAGGAGGGAGUCGAUGAACCUGAUCCCGCAAAGUGGAAAGCUCAGCUUCGGUGUGCCCUGAACAAAAGCCGAGAAUUCAAGCUCAUAUACGACGGCACCAAAGAGGUCCCCAUGAAUCCUCUGAAGAUAUAUGACGUCUGCGACAUCCCGCAGCCCCUCAGUAACCAAGGCUCUUCAGAUGCUGGUUCUUGGACUCCACAUGAAGAAGAGGGUGGUGAGGAAGAUGUUCCGGACACACCAGAGUCUCUCCCUCCAUACCCAUCCAACGGCACCAGUCCCUCUCCUCUCAUUAUGUGGUCUCCUAUGGGCUCAGACUCAUCCAUGCAGCCUCCAAGUUGUCCCCCAUCAAAUGAGGCCUGGCCCAAAGAGGAACCUGUCAAAAUCUGGCCUAAAGAGGAGCCUGUGGAUGUGGAGAUGCACCCCACACCCCUGGCCGACAUGCCGCCAGCUACUCUGCCUGAUCCCAUCCUGCAGCCCCCUCCUCUGCCCGACACAUUGUUUGCCUCUCCAGAAAUGUGGAUCAGUUCCCUCCCGAUGACAGAUCUGGAGGUUCAGUUUCAGUACCGAGGGAAGGAAAUGUGUCCCACAGUGACCGUCAGUAACCCACAGGGCUGCCGGCUGUUCUACGGAGACCUCGGGCCCAUGGUCAACCAGGAAGAGCUGUUUGGGCCGGUGAACCUGGAGCAGUUACGCUUUCCGACCACAGAGCACAUAACCAAUGACAAGCAGAGGGUCUUCACUAACCGCCUACUGGAUGUGAUGGACAGGGGUCUUAUCCUGGAGGUCAGCGGCCACGAUAUCUACGCAGUCCGUCUCUGUCAGUGUAAGGUGUACUGGUCCGGUCCCUGUGCUCCAAAUCCAGCUGCACCAAAUCUUAUUGAGCGACAGAGGAGGGUCAAACUCUUCUGCCUGGAGUCUUUUCUCGGCGGUUUGAUAGCCCACCAGCGUGGCCAGACACCAAGCCCCCCUCAGUUUGAAAUCAACCUGUGCUUCGGAGAGGAGUGGCCUGAUGGAAGGCCCAGGGAGAGGAAACUUAUCAUGGUUCAGGUCAUUCCAGUGGUGGCCCGCAUGAUAAGCGAGAUGUUUUCUGGAGACAACACCCGAUCCUUUGACAGCGGCAGCGUGCGCCUGCAGAUUUCAAUCCCAGACAUCAAAGACAACAUAGUAACCCACCUUAAGCAGCUGUACUGCCUGCUACAGACCCACCAGGGCCAGGAUGGCUGGCCGUUACCUCCGGGGUCCGCCUUGAACAUCACCCAGGCUCUGCAGGCACAGUGAAGCAUCCCACAAUGUCAACAUAUAUCUCUAUUUAGCAGACAAGUACUUAUGCGUAAUCUUAUUUAGAUGUGUGCACCAUAUAGUGUAGGAUUCAUUUGCCUUUCAUCUUUGCUUUAGUAUGACUGUGCUGUGACGAGGCUUUUCUGUCUAUAGAAACCCUCCAUUAUUCUGCAUUAUGAGUGCAGGAACCGUAGACAGAUGGGGUGGCUGAAUGGGCCAAAGUCCUGCUUACUGUAACAUUAAACAUAGUUAAUGAGUUACAGAAAUUGCCCUGUGCCUCAGUUAUCCAAAAUAGGUCAGUGGUUACCAAACUUUGCUAGGGUCUGUCAUUCAAGAAACAGGGCAGAGUGUCUUUUAUCUUUUGACCUUUAUAUAUUUUGAAGCAACACAUCUAUCAAGGGGAUUUGUGUAUUUUAGAAAAAACAUAUAGGCAAAUGUGAUUUAAACAGUCCAGUGGUUCCCAGCUGUUUGAGAUCCCAUUAUUCUAUGUGCACAUGGAAUUAGAUCUUUCAAAAUUAAAAAAAAAAUGGCUGACAAGAAGUCUUCCCUGCAGCUUUGUCUUCAGUUGUUUUAUUUUUCCCUUUAUAUUAUAGGGUAUUUUUGUGUUCAUAUCGUUGAUUUUUAAGCCAUUUGCUGUAUCCAGACGGCCAUUUAACUAAACAACGUUCAGCUACAUGGAUCUGUUUUAACAUGGAUGUCACUGCACUUUGGGGUGCUGAAUUAUGUUUUAUGGCUAGUUGAAUGUUAGUGCAUUUAUCCUGUGAUUGUAUGUCUAUUUUAUGAAAUUAAA